AUGGCAGCUGAGACUAUAUUUCCUUCAACCACCGCUCAGUUAGAUGCUGCUUUAAAAAUAAGUUGUGAUUAUAUUUUAAAACAAAUUCCAAGAGCAGAAAUUGCAAUUAUUUUAGGCACAGGUUUAUCUCAUUUUCACUACAGACUAGACAAUCUUCAGUCAAUUGAUUAUCAAGAAAUUCCUUAUCUUCCUACGCCAACUACUCCAAGUCAUGAAGGUGUCUUAUAUUUUGGUCAAAUUGACAAUAAAAAUAUAUAUUGCUUUGCCGGAAGGCUUCAUGGCUAUGAAGGAUUUGAGCAUCAUCAAAUUUCUUAUAUUUCUCAUUUGUGCGCAUAUUUAGGCUGCAAUACUCUUCUCAUCACAAAUGCAUCAGGGUGCUCUAUGCCAGGAGUUAAGCCAGGAGAUAUCGUUUUCCUUCAAGACUAUAUAAAGCAUUACGGAGAAAAUCCACUUGAUACAGGCUUGAAUUCUCAAUUCUCUAAAACUUAUGAAAAUUAUCCAAUUGAUACUUCGCUUAUAGAUUAUGCACUAGAAAUCGCAGAAAAUUUGCCAACGGUAAAAUGCUAUAGAGGGAACUAUUUUUGGGUUAGAGGCCCAUCAUUCGAGACGCCUUAUGAAAUUGAAUGCUAUACAAAAUUAGGAGGAGAUUUAUAUGGCAUGAGUACAAUUCCUGAGCUUUUAGUCGCACAAGCCUAUGGGAUGAGAGUGCUUGUAGCAUGUGUUGUUUCUAAUUUGGCUUGUGGAUUAGUGCCUAACGAAACAAUCACAAUAGAAAUGAUAAGAAAACAAAUUGGGAAUGUCCAAAAUGAAAUUGAAGGAUACUUUGUGGAACUUAUAGGAAAUCUAACGAAUUUCGAAGGGAAAAUAAACAUUGAGCCAAUAAAUGAGAUUUGCAAUAAGGGAUUGCAUAACAAAAGAAAAGAAGUUAAUGGAGAGCAUAUAAUGAAAGGGAUUGAAUGGUUUAGACAGAUUGAAGAAGGUUUUCCACAAGCAAAAUUAGUGCUAGCAAUAAAUAGUGGCCAAAAGCCUGAAAUGAAGGACGUAAGGAAAGUUUAUUAUAAAGAAAUCCCAAAUUUCCCCUUGCAGUCCUUGGCGGGAAGAAAAGGGCAAGUUAUAUUUGGGACCAUAAACCAGGAAAGGAUAGUCUGCCUUUUAAAUUGCGAUUUUGAAGGCCUAGACAUCUAUGAGUCCUAUUAUUUUGCUCAAGUUUUAAUUGGGCUUGGUGUUAAUCAUCUCCAUUAUAUUUUCCCUACUAUAAAUCAAAUUUCUUCAUUAGAAGGAAUCAACGACUAUAUAAGUUUUCAAUUGCAAGGCUGUGCAGAAAAGCCUUCAGAUGAUGCAGAAUCUAUAAAAAGCUUAGGAAUUAAAAACGCAAUUUCAUUCGCUGGCCCAUCUUUGCCAACCCAGGCUGAGCAUCUUCUUGCAGAUAAAUUAAAAUGCUCUUUUAUAACGAUUUCCAACUUCGCUAUCCUAAGUGAAGUGGGUAAUCGAGGCCUAUCCCACUCUGCUAGUUGCUUUUAUAGUGAUUUUCAAGCUGAUUCUUUAUCAUCCCGCGAAAUCACAAGUUAUAUCACUUCUCAUAAUUUCUUUAGUCAAUUUUAUAGUCAAGCUACCAUAUCAUUCCCUUUUUUCUAUGCAAACUCAGAUCUCGAACAACUAGAAGCACCAGAAGACUCAAAAGAUCUUGAAGACUUAACUGUCGAAAUUAAAGCUGUCUUUGAUCCUCAAAAAGCAGUAAUUGUGUCAGAUUCAAUUGGCGAACUUCUGCUAAGGCAUUUUGAAAUAAGAAGGUCUUUUGCAUUUGGCUCAUUUUUCCCUCAAACUUUUCAUUUUACUGCAGAGGGGAUUAUGAUAAUUAAAGGAUCUCCUAUUUUGAGGCAUAAGGAUAAUCAUCACCGUAUGAUGUAUCCUACAUUUAUGGUAAAUAGAUUGGGUAUUGAUAAUAUAAUUAUUAUUGAAGAAGUAUCUACUUGUUCUGAAGAUGUCCCAAUUGGUACAUGGGCAAAAAUUAAUCAGCAAUGCCAAUUAGUAAGUUUCAACCCAUUAUUUGGACCAAAUGUAUCAAAUUGAGGGAUCAAGUUUCCUGACAUGAGCGAUAUUUUUACUCAUGAUCAGAGAUGAAGAGAAGUUUUCCAACAGCACAGGGUUAGUUGCAAAGAAACCAAACUGAUUUUUACUAGUACUGAAAGAGCUAUUACAGGAAAGGCAUUAAGUGAAGCUGCAAAAGAUUUAGGAGCUGAAGUAAUCGGGAAAAGUGGACCAUUUUCUGUUCAAGUCUCACAGCAUAGGCUAUCUUACCACUCAUCUAAGAAAAUUUUAUACUUGUGCUAUGCUGAGCAUGAUCCUAUUUCAGGGAUAAAAGUAGGCAGCCCACCAGUCGAGCAUCAACUAGCCAUUAAAGAAUUAAUUCUAUUAUAA